AUGACAACAACACAGUCGUCCCCAUCUCACUCGAUCAAAUUGCCUCGUCGCCUCGCCUUUGUCCGUGCUCCAAUGGCAGACCUCUUUCUUUCUUACCGGGAGCUGGUCAACAAAGGAUUUGAUCUUAACCAGGGCCGGAAGCUGAGCAGAAACCGGCCAGACGGUGAAGGCGUCCUGUUGGCCGGACCUCGGGUCUGGGCCUUGAAACGAGGCCACGGUAAUACAUCCAUCUUUUCACACGAAGUCGCCAUUGUCAGGACGCCCUGCUGGAUUAAGAUCACCGAUUACUCAUGUUCCCCUGUGACGGGAGGGAGAGUGCCAACCAUGACCAGCCCCUCUCUCGAUUCCCUGCAGGUGGACGGACCUGUUCUGCAAGCCAGCCCAUGCAGUUCUACGGAGUGA